AAGAGUGAAACAAACAACAAUGGUUUCUUUUUCAAUUAGUUGUUGUCAAUUGGGAAAUAUUCAAUCAAAUAUGGUUUGGAAUUCUCAUUUUCUCCCCAAAAACUAUUCUAAACUCACAAUAAAACAUAAAUAUUCAUAUGCCAAUUCUACAGGAAGAGAGAAAAAAAUGAGUGCAGCAAUGGUUGAUAGUACUUUCAGCAGCAGUAGUAGUACUACUAGUACUGAACGUCCAUUGGCAAAUUUUCACUCAAGUGUUUGGAGAGACUAUUUCCUCUCUUACACUCCUCAACUCACAGAAAUUACUAGGCAAGAAAGAGUUGAACUUGAAGAGCUGAAAGAAAAAGUCAGGCAAAUGCUAGUUGAAACACCUAAUAAUAGUACACAAAAACUUGAAUUGAUUGAUACAUUUCAACGAUUGGGAGUGGCAUAUCAUUUCAAAAAUGAGAUUAAAACAUCCAUUCAGAAUAUCUUUAAUGCCUCUCAACAAAGUGAAAAUGAAGAUGACAACCUUUAUGUUAUUGCUCUUCGUUUUCGACUACUGAGACAACAAAGACAUUACAUGUCUUCUGAUGUGUUCAAGAAAUUCACUAACAAAGAUGGAAAGUUCAAGGAAACACUUACCCAAGAUGUACAAGGAUUAUUAAGUUUAUAUGAAGCAGCACAUUUAAGAGUACACGGGGAAGAAAUUCUAGAACAAGCUUUGAGUUUUACACUCACUAAUUUGGAGUCAAUGGGCCCUAAAUUGAGCAACUCAUCACUUAAGGCCCAAGUUAGUGAGGCUUUAAGCCAGCCCAUUCAUACAAAUCUUCCAAGGAUGACAGCAAGAAAAUAUAUAUCUAUGUAUGAGAACAUUGAAUCUCAUAAUAAUUUGGAUUUGCUUUUGAAAUUUGCAAAAUUGGAUUUUAACAUUGUGGAAAAGGUGCACCAAAGAGAGCUUGGCGAGCUUACAAG